UCGGUCUCGGCGUGCUGCUCUGAAAGCCGGCUGUGUCAACCUCUCCAGCAUCCAGGUUGCUUGGAUUAGAGAUGCAGACACCACAGCGCAGGGCCCCCAAUCUCCUGCUCAUCCUUCUGUGCCCCAUUCUGCUGGCUGUGGGCCGGGCUGCUGUGGAGAGCCAAGCACUGUAUGAACUUGAGAAGGAGCCAGCUUAUUGGGAUGCUCAGGCAAGGGCAACACUGGAUGCUGCACUGAAACUCCACCCUCGGAAUCACCGGGCCAAGAACAUCAUCCUCUUCCUCGGUGACGGUAUGGGUGUGUCUACAGUGUCGGCAGCUCGAAUCCUGCGAGGUCAGAUGGAGGGUGCAUCAGGGGAGGAGACGGUGCUGGCCAUGGACACCUUCCCAUAUCUGGCCCUGUCUAAGACCUACAGUGUGGACAAGCAGGUAGCAGACAGCGCUAGCACGGCUACAGCCUACCACUGUGGAGUGAAGGCCAACGCUAAGACAGUAGGACUCAGCGCCAAUGCAGUGGCCUACGAGUGUAACACCACCUUCGGUAACGAGGUCUACUCAGUAUUACGACGCGCAAAGGCACAAGGUAAAUCAGUUGGUAUAGUGACAACCACUCGUGUCCAGCACGCCUCCCCAGCUGCUGCCUAUGCACACUCUGUCAGCCGAAGUUGGUACAGUGAUGCAGAUAUUCCCUUCAGUGCCCGCAAACAGGGCUGCAUCGACAUUGCCACCCAAAUGGUCACCAAUGUUGACAUUGAUGUGAUUCUGGGGGGAGGGAGGAUGUACAUGACACCAAAAGGUACCCCAGACCCAGAGUAUCCUACCUCCAACUCUCGCAAGGGUGACCGCAAAGACAUGAGGAACCUCAUUGACGUGUGGCUGAAGGCUAAACCAAACAAGAAGUCACACUAUGUUUGGCACAGGAAGGAGUUUGAUGAGAUUAAUGCUAAAACUACUGACCGGCUCAUGGGUUUGUUUGAGCCAAAGGACAUGAGAUUUGAGGUUUUCCGGAACGGCUCUCGAGACCCCUCCAUUGUGGAGAUGACAGAGAAGGCCAUUCAAAUCCUCAGCAAGAAUCCCAAAGGAUACUUCCUGUUUGUGGAAGGAGGGAGAAUUGAUCAUGGUCAUCAUGAUGGCAUUGCCAAGCUGGCUCUAACGGAGGCUGUGAUGUUUGACCGAGCCAUUGAGCGCGCUGCACAGCUAACCAAAGAAUCUGAUACACUGACUGUGGUUACUGCUGACCACUCCCACGUCUUCACCUUUGGUGGUAACACACCUCGAGGGAAUCCCAUCUUUGGUCUGGCACCAAAGAAAGCUGAUGACAAAAUGCCUUUCACCAGCAUCCUGUAUGCUAACGGCCCCGGUUAUGUCCACAUAAAUGGAACCAGAGGAAACAUCACAUUGGUGGAUUACUACGAUGAGGAGUACAUGCAGCAGGCUGCAGUCCCAUUGGAUGCUGAGACGCACGGUGGAGAGGAUGUAGCCAUCUACGCCAAAGGCCCAAUGGCUCACCUGUUCCACGGGGUGAAAGAGCAGAACUAUGUGGCGCACGUCAUGGCCUUCGCUGCCUGUUUGGAGCCAUACAAAAACUGCCCUCCUCACGCCCACAACCGCACCUCAGCUGGGUGUGUGAACACACCCUCAAGCUUCCUGUUUGGCUCACUUGGCCUCCUCUGGUUGUUCAGAUGACCCCCAAACACCCACAACAAAAAACACACAGACUCACUCAGAUACAUUGUAUGCAUGCAGCAAUACAGACACUUAAUGCACUAAACAUUCAUACAGACACACACAUUCACUGUAUACACACAAACUGGCAAGUCAGAAUGCAGGGAUAAACAUAUACAGUACUGUAUAGGAUGACUGAAAAAUACUCAUACUCGCUGAUUACUCAGUGUACAUCCACACGCACGUGUAAUCUACCGUGCAUGCAAAAUGCAGGCUUAAACAUGCAUGUAGUAUCCCUUUUCAAGUGCAUACUAACAAACAGGCAGCCAUUGCAGGCUAAAACACAUGAAGAGACUAUAAGAUUUAUGCAAAGAUUAACAUUAAUUCACAUGCAAACAGUUCUUCAAGAAACACUCCAUACAAUUGUUUCCAUUGCAGACGCAUCAGCAUUUACAGUAUUUUACUAUUUCCAACUUGUACUUGCAACAUGACUACUAACUUGCACUAACUGGUUCUUUCAUUACUUUGGUUAGACUUUUAUCCUAUUAAUAUUUUUCAAGUUAAAUACAAUCUCUGCUAGCAUGAUCUGCUUGCUUAGAACUACCAAACACUUGCAUUUACACAUUAAUUUGAGGCUUUACCCAGAAAACCUUGAAACCAGCAAGCAAACUGAGGGCUCACUGUUCAUCCUGUGCACACUUAUACGGGACACACAGCUGUUGAUGUACAUGGAAUAAAUGACUAUAUGACAGUAACAUAAACUGGAACUACAGGCCAUCAUGCCAUGCCAAGCUGCCACACCAACAGACCUUACAAGAACUCAUGAAGAUACUGUACCUCUUUAAGGAGUGAAAAACAUGUAGCUUUUAAGAUUUUUUUAAGUUUGUACCUUGACCUCAUUUGGUUCCAAAUAGUAAAUCUGUUUUCUGUCAGAUUGUCUGUCACUUGAUACAUUAUAUAAUCUAUUUGGAUUGUACAUGAAUGUAUUUUGUAAGCAAAUAUUGUCGAUGUAUUUUUAUAUUGUGUUUUUGCAAAUAUUACUUAAAUAAGGAUAAAAAUACAUUUUUCUGGAUGGGUCCAUUGUCCAGUUCAUUAUAGAAAUAGCAAGAUGUUACCUUAUUGUAGGUAACACCUUAUUUUAUGGUUCCCUCUGAAAAUUCCCUAAAAAAGAACUGAUAUUU